AUGCCUGUUCUUCGCUAUUUUUUUCACCCCGGGACCUGUCGUGCCGUACUUCAGGCCUCAUCGGCGCUGUACUGGAAAUCCAUCACGGAUCAGUACCCGCUGGCUGCACCAGUGGCUGGCAUUAUAUGCCUAGCGUCCAUCGAGGCGGGAUAUCUGUACUGGAUGGAUAACCGGGACAAUGCUGGUGCCAAGGACGAGCCUCGUCUCCUUGAGCAGCUUCGCCGGCUCGAAAGCGGCGUGUCUCGGAGGGUCGACUGA